AUGGGCUUCUGGGAGAUUUCCAAGAAGGGAGAAUUGGGCACGUUGGAAAUCACCCUCACCAUCAUCUUGACCUUUCUUACCAUGGGCUCAGUUGCCAUCUUCGUAGAGGAUGCUAUUUAUCUGUACAAGAACACCCUUUGCUCCAUCAAGAAGAGGACCCUGAUCUGGAGUAGCUCUGCACCUACGGUGGUGUCUGUGUUCUGCUGCUUUGGUCUCUGGAUUCCUCGUGCCCUCACACUCGUGGAAAUGGCCAUAACGUCGUUUUACGCCAUAGUCUUUUAUCUGCUGAUGCUGGUCAUGGUGGAAGGCUUUGGUGGGAAGGAUGCAGUUCUGAGGACACUGAAGGACACACCAAUGAGGGUGCACACGGGGCCCUGCUGCUGCUGCUGCCCCUGCUGCCCACCCCUCAUACUUACCAGGAAGAAGCUUCAGCUGCUGAUGUUGGGCGCUUUCCAGUAUGCCUUCUUCAAGAUAAUGCUGAACAUAGUGGGGCUGUUUCUCAUCCCUGAUGGCAUCUUUGACCCAUCAGACAUUUCUGAGAAGAGCACGGCUCUGUGGAUCAACACUUUUCUCGGCGUGUCCACACUGUUCGCUCUCUGGUCCCUGGCCAUCCUUUUCCGCCAAGCCAAGCUGCACCUGGGUGAACAGAAUAUGGGAUCCAAGUUUGCUCUCUUCCAGAUUCUUGUUAUCCUGACUGCCCUGCAGCCCUCCAUUUUCUCCGUCUUGGCUAGUUGCGGACAGAUUGCUUGCUCACCUCCCUUCUCUUCUAAAAUCAGGUCCCAAGUGAUGAACUGCCACAUGCUCAUAGUGGAGACCUUCCUAAUGACGGUGUUGACACGGAUGUACUAUCGAAGGAAAGAUGACAAGGUUGGGUACGAGACUUGUUCAGCACCAGACCUGGACUUGAAACUCAAAGCCUGA